AUUCAAAUCUUCUCAGAGACACUCUUCAUACGCCAAGCUACAGCAAUGGCGGCGGAGCCUAACCCUAAUAAAUUCCCUGUCCUCUCCUACGUCCUCGCUCGUCUCCCUUCUUUCACCGGCAAAUCCUCUUCCCCUUCAUCCUCCUCCUCCUCCUCCGUUCCUGCCUUCGAUGUCGAGCAACCACCAUCGUCGAUCGAGAUCGUCACCCAGAUGCCUCACUUGACUCAACCAGGUGUUCUCGACUCCAUGACCAAAGCGAUCUCCGACGUCGCCGAGACCCGAUCUAUCCUCCGAACCCUAGGACCCAGACCCGAUCACGAGACCGUCGACAAGGCCCGUGCCAAGCUCUCGGAAAUCGAGGGGCUCUUAUCCGAAUCGUUCGAGGACAUCGCGCUCACCGAUGCGGCGGCGAAGGAUGAGAAGAGGAGGCGAGAGAUGGAUCAGGAGAAGACGUGGUGUGAGUCCAUUUUGAAACUGGACGAGGUCCAUGCUUCGUACGAGAAGCUGCUGAAGGAAGCGGAGGAGAGGCUGGUCAGGAUUUAUGAAACCGCCGAGAAGAAUGCGGCGGCGGAUGAGGAUACCGUUGCGGUGGUGGAGGUCAAUGAGGAGGUUGUGGGUAUACUGCAGCACGCAUCGGCUAAUACUGUGGAUCGCGUGGAUCUGUCUGGGAGGAAGCUGAGAUUGCUCCCUGAAGCAUUUGGCCGGAUUCAAGGAUUGCUUGUUCUUAACCUCUCCAACAAUCAGCUCCAGGCGAUUCCUGAUUCAAUAGCUGGAUUGCAAAGUCUUAUUGAAUUGGAUGUUUCGGGGAAUCUUCUAGAGACAUUACCCGAUUCUAUCGGUCUAUUGUCCAAUCUCAAAAUCCUGAAUGUCUCGACCAACAAGCUCACCUCCUUGCCUGAUUCCAUCUGCCGUUGUGGGUCGUUGGUUAUAUUGGACGUGAGCUUCAACCGUCUCACCUACUUACCAACCAACAUUGGGUUCGAGCUAGUGAACCUAGAAAAGCUCAUGAUCCAGUAUAACAAGAUCCGAUCCUUCCCGACCAGUGUAGGCGAAAUGAGAUCCCUGAAGCACCUCGACGCCCACUUCAAUGAACUGCACGGCCUUCCUGAUUCGUUCGUGCUGCUCACAAACCUCGAGUACCUAAACCUAAGCAGCAACUUCAGUGAUCUCAAUGAUCUCCCUUCCUCGUUCGGCGACCUCAUAAGCCUCCAAGAACUGGACUUGAGUAACAACCAGAUCCACGCCCUCCCAGACACUUUCGGCACACUAGAAAGCCUGACCAAACUGAAUGUGGAGCAGAACCCGCUCAUAGUGCCACCCAAGGAAGUGGUGAAAGAAGGCGUUGAAGCUGUGAAGAAGUAUAUGGGGGAGAGAAGGAUCCGUAUGUUGGAAGAGGAAGAGAUGAAGAUGAAAAUGGAGAGUGAGAUGGAGCAGACAAACAUUGGGUGGCUCACUCGAACCACGUCGAAGCUGAAGACUUACGUCACGGACGUUUCAGAAUAUCUCGUCCCGAAAUCUCCCCGGGACCCUUACCUUGAAAGGCCGCUAUGA